AUGACGGUCAACGUUCUCGAAUCUGUUACCAGUUAUCGUGAUGCUGUGGCAAACAACAAGCUCGUUGUUCUAGACUUUUACGCCAUGUGGUGCGGCGAUUGCAGAAUGAUUGACCCUUUUUACACAAAAUACGCCAAAGAGGAACGCUUCCAGCACGUUUACUUUGCCAAGAUCGAUACCGAAGCCGUGACAGAAGCCGCAGCAGAAGCAGAUAUCCGCAAAUUACCGACGUUCCAAAUCUACAAAGACGGAGUCAAGGUUGACCAAAUCUAUGAGCCAAAGCCCAACGACUUGUUGGCCCUCUUUGAAAAGCAUCUGCUGUAG